AUGCGGCGGGUUGUCGUAACUGGUCUGGGUGCUGUGACGCCCCUCGGCGUUGGAGUUCGGCGGACUUGGAAGCGGCUGCUCGAUGGUCAUUGUGGUAUUGUUAAUGUUCGAGAUCGCGAUGCGAGAUUCGCAGAUUUGCCGGCUCAGAUUGCGGCCGUUGUUCCUGAGGGGUUGAGGGCUGAAGGGGGGUGGACUGCGUCGGAGUGGCUGGGGAAGGGUGAUGAGCGCAAGAUGGCUCGAUUUGCGCAGUAUGCGCUCGCCGCUUCGGAAGAGGCGCUGGAAGAUGCGGGGUGGAAGCCCACUGGUCAAGAUGAGCUAGAGUCGACGGGUGUUUGUCUAGGGUCUGGCAUAGGCAACUUUGACGAGAUUUAUGACACGGUCGUCGCAUAUGAGAACGGUGGCUAUCGAAAGGUGUCUCCUUUAUUCGUGCCGAAGCUAUUGAUCAACCUUGGAGCUGGCCAUCUAGCCAUGAGGUAUGGGUUUAUGGGUCCCAAUCAUUCGGCAACGACUGCGUGUACGACUGGAGCACAUUCUCUCGGCGAUGCUGCUCGGUUCAUCGCGUUUGGAGAUGCAGAUGUGAUGCUCGCUGGCGGUGCAGAGUCUUGUAUCCACCCACUCGCUAUUGGAGGCUUUGCUCGUGCGCGAAGUUUGGCAACAGGCUUCAAUGACUGCCCUGAAAAAGCCUCUCGACCGUUUGACGCGGAUCGCGCAGGGUUUGUGGUUGGAGAGGGAGCAGCUAUGGUGGUGCUAGAGGAACUGGAGCAUGCGAAAGCAAGAGGGGCUCAGAUUUAUGCAGAACUACGAGGGUACGGCUGCUCUGGGGAUGCGCACCACAUGACAGCUCCGAAAGAAAACGGCCACGGUGCUUGGCUAGGCAUGAAGAAAGCCCUAAAAAACGCCGGCUUUGCGCCAUCCGCGGUUGACUAUGUCAAUGCGCACGCAACGUCGACUAUCCUGGGGGAUGCCGCCGAGAACGCGGCCAUCAAAGCUCUUCUCUUGGGCCCUGGAGGCAAGACACAGGCCGCUGAUGUAAAUAUUAGCAGCACGAAAGGAGCUAUAGGGCAUCUACUCGGAGGAGCGGGAGCCGUCGAAUCACUCUUUACCGUUCUUGCUAUCCACGAGAACGUGAUGCCUCCGACAAUCAAUUUGGACCGGGUGGCCAAUGGCUUUGACUGUAAUUAUGCACCGAACCAAGCUCAGGAACGCCGCAUCAAUGUGGCGCUGACCAACAGUUUUGGAUUUGGAGGGACGAAUAGCUCUCUCUGUUUUGCUAAGCAUGAUAUCUAG